CUGACAGGCCUUUCCUUCUGUCCAAAAGGGAGGGGAAAGCUUUGAAAGCGCUGAGCAUCAGUGAGUGGCCCACACAGUGAGAGCUAAUACGAGUGAGCAGCGAGAAGACCAAGUCAGUCACUGUCAGAGACGUUUUCGCCAGAUUCCCCCUCAAGACGCUUUGCUGAGAUAUUUCCGUCAACACGGACACACAAGAGAAGUCGUGUUAUAAGGCUAAUACCGCGGGAGAGAGUUUUGUGUCAGCACAAGCCGCCGACCAAGCGAGAAGUGUCCACGGUCAAGACACGAGUUCAGCUAUGGUGGACACACAGACGUUCUCCUGGCCCAUGGGAUUCAGCCUAAGCACUCUGGACCUGGAGGAACUUGAUGACAGCUCACACUCUUUAGACAUGAAGCCUUUCUCCACACUGGACUACGCAACAAUCUCUGGUGUUGAGUACGAACCCAGCCCUCCCCAGAGCGAAAUGACACACAUGAUGGACCUGACACACAUGUACAGCUACAGAGCCCAUGAGACCAACUACAGAGCCCAGGAGAGCAACUACAGAGCACAUGAGAACAGCUAUAGAACCCAGGAGAACAGCUAUAGAACACAGGAGAACAGCUAUAGAACCCAGGAGAACAGCUAUAGAACCCAGGAGAACUGCUAUAGGGCCCAGGAGAACAACUAUAGAGCACAGGAGCACAACUACAGAACUCAGGAGAGCAGCUACAGAGUGCAAGAACCCCAAAGUUCAAUUAAACUUGAGCCAGAGUCUCCUCCACAGUACGCAGAAAAUAGCAUGUCAUUCUCCAAACUGCACGAAGACCCCUCCACCUCCGUUUUAAACAUCGAGUGCCGAGUGUGCGGGGACAAGGCCUCCGGCUUCCACUACGGUGUCCAUGCCUGUGAAGGCUGCAAGGGAUUCUUUCGCCGAACAAUUCGCCUAAAGCUAGUCUACGACCACUGCGACCUCCACUGCCGCAUCCACAAGAAGAGCCGCAACAAGUGCCAAUACUGCCGCUUUCAGAAGUGCCUGAUGGUGGGCAUGUCACACAAUGCCAUUCGCUUUGGCCGCAUGCCCCAGGCAGAGAAAGAGAAGCUCUUGGCCGAGUUCUCCACUGAUAUGGACCACAUGCACCCCGAGGCGGCCGACCUGAAGUCCCUCGCCAAGCAGCUCUACGAGUCCUAUCUUAAGAACUUCCCCCUGACCAAAGCCAAGGCCAGGGCUAUCCUCUCAGGGAAGACCAGCGACAAUGCACCCUUUGUCAUCCAUGACAUGAAGUCCCUGGUGGAGGGCGAGCAGUUCAUCAACUGUCAGCAGCUUCCCCGAAAUGAGCAGCUUCGGGCCAACAUGGGUGCAAUGCAAUCAGAGCUGCACCGUGAGGUGGAGCUGCGCUUCUUCCACAGCUGCCAGUCACGAUCAGCUGAGGCGGUCAGCGAGGUCACUGAGUUUGCCAAGAGCAUCCCGGGCUUUGUAAACCUGGACCUAAAUGAUCAGGUGACGCUGCUCAAGUAUGGCGUCAUCGAGGUGCUCAUCCUCAUGAUGGCACCGCUCAUGAACAAGGACGGCACGCUCAUCUCAUACGGCCAGAUCUUCAUGACCCGCGAGUUCCUUAAGAGCCUGCGCAAGCCUUUCGGAGAGAUGAUGGAGCCCAAGUUUGAGUUCUCUGUCAAGUUCAACAUGCUGGAACUGGACGACAGCGACAUGGCACUUUUCCUGGCCGUCAUCAUCCUCAGCGGAGAUCGCCCAGGACUGCUGAACGUGAAGCCCAUUGAGGAGCUGCAGGAGAACGUUCUCCACUCCAUGGAGCUGCACCUGAAGGCGAGCCACCCUGACUCCCUCCAUCUCUUUGCCAAAGUGCUGCAGAAGAUGACGGACCUGCGACAGCUGGUGGCCCACCACGUCCAGCUGAUGCAGCUGAUGAAAGAGUCAGAGAUCGACCUGUAUUUACACCCACUGCUGCAAGAGAUUAUGAGGGACUUGUACUAGGCUGUGGUUUGGCUUUGUGAGCCAGAACGGUAGUGAUUGUGCUUUGGUUUUAGUGCUGGGUUGGUGUUUUUUUUCCUCUUUCUGUGAAUGAAUUGAGCCUCCGUUGACAGUGAGAGAAGAACUUAGUGUCAUCCAUUUGGCAGCCAGAACUUGUGAGAUUAGUUGAAGAAGAGUCAUCUGAGGUGAGCUAUAGUGAAUGGAGCUCUCUGAAAUGGGAUUCUUCUAUAAUGGGAAAGCACAUAUCAGCACAAAUGUAUUCUAUAUUUUACCAAAAAAAAAAAAAAAGGCACACAUAUUUGGA